AGAGAGAGAGAGAGAGAGAGAGAGAGAGAGACCUUCCGCUCUCCACAAACUUUCGGGAAUCUUUCCAGGUUGAAUCCGGGCGGCUUUUUUUCCCGGACUCGAUCAGCCGCUCUCUGCGCUACAGGAAUGCACUUUGCAGGAAAGGCGCAAAACUCCUCCUGCUGCCUUGUUUUCCCCGCAAACCGGGAUUUAUAAAUGAGCGGCGAUGCACCUGUGAGCGACCCGGAGUGUAGCAGCUCAUUCUGGGCUCCAGCACCGCAGCCGGGCUGAGCGCCGUCCCCGCGGGCCGGGCAUGGAGCGCCGCGGCCGGGCGGGGCUCCAGCCGGCGGGCGGAGGAGAGGGAGGCGGAUGGGUGCUGGUGGAGGCCCGGCUGCAGGGAGGAGCGCCGUGGGGCUUCACCGUGCAGGGCGGCCUGGAGCACGGACAGCCGCUCAUCAUCUCCAAGGUGGAAGACGGGGGUAAGGCGGACAGCGUGGAGCGCCCUCUGCUGGUCGGGGACGAGAUCAUCAUCAUCAACGACGUGGAGCUGAGCGGCUACAGACAGGAAGCCAUCGCUCUGAUCAAAGGAUCCUUCAAGACGCUGAAGCUCACCGUCCGCAGGGAGUUCGAUUGCGGAUACGUCGAGGAGUUCACGUCACCGAACUCCGGGGCCGCUCUUCGUCUUCCCUCACCUCCUCCUGAUCUCUGUUUCCAAUCGCCUCCACCGUCACAGGAAGCCCCAUCGUCCAAUCACAGCCAGCGAUGCUCAGCGGUCCAACUACGCAUCAAGAACCGACGCAGUGAGCCGUCGUCUCGCCCUCAUUCCUGGCACUCCACGAAACUCGGCGACGAUCAACCGGACCUGGGGCAGAUGGAGUCGAUGGGCCCCGUCUGGGGCCACAGUUACCCCACCAGUGCUUCCACCACCGACCUGUCGGCCGGGUUCGACCCCAGCGGCGGCUACCUGAGGAAGAGUCCGGACCAGUACAGCUCCAGGGGCAGCAUGGAGAGCCUGGACCCGGCCCAGUCCUCCCACCACCACCCAGUGACGCAGCAGCAGCUCCCACUGGGCCACCGCGGCCAGACUGGGCCCAACCCGGCCUACUCGUCCUGCCAGCAGCUUUCCUCUGCCAGGUCAAACAGCAUCGACCUCCUGCACAGCAAGCGGGACUCGGCCUACUCCUCCUUCUCCACCAGCUCCAGUAUUCCCGAGUACCUGGCCUCCACGCCCUCCUUCGGCCCGGAGCGCUCCUGCUCCCUGGACGCCGUCCCGCAGAGAGGCGCCGGCAGCGCCGAGAUGCUGCAGGCCGACAUCCGAUACGUCCGCGCCGUCUACGACGCCCAGCAGGGCCUGACUCAGGAGCAGGAGCUGAACUCGUCCAGAACCGGGCCCAGGUCCGGGCCAAGAGACCUCCAGGGCUCAGUGGGCGGGGUCUGUUACCGCGGCGCUAACGGCAGCAGAGGCGGCGUCCCGGCGUCCAACAGGCACAGUGUGGGACCCAUAUGGGGCCAGGCGGCCAGCCGCAGCUCCUACGAGAGCCUGAAGGGGGCGCCCGCUCCGCCGAGGCGCAGCGACAGCUACGCCGCCAUCAGGAACCACGAGAGACCAAACUCCUGGUCCAGUCUGGACCACGCCCGGUCGCUGCGGUCUCUGCAGAGGAGCUCCUGGCAUCACUCCAGCGGCCCAGUGGCCUCAGCGAAAGCUUCGUUUGGCGCCGAGGGUCAGCUCCACACCGUGAUAGAGAAGAGUCCGGAGAGCAGCCCCACCACCAAGCCCAGGCAGGGCGCCGGGUUCUCCCAGCCCCCGUCCCCUACCGGGCCCUGCUCCCCGCCCAGCCGCCUCAUUCUUCCUGCCAGCGUUUACCCGGUUCCCCAGCCAGAACCUCAGUACGCGCAGACGCCCAGCUCCGGUCCCGGUCCCGGUCCGUCUGGAGUCUACACGGCCCUGACCAAGGAGAGCAGCCGGCAGCAGGCGACAGAAAACGGCCACCAAACCGUCGGAUCCUCACCGUAUUCCCGCUCCUCGUACUCCGGACCUGGAUCCGGACAGCUCAGGUCCAGGCUGCCCGAGGCGGACAGUUGGCACCAGCACCCAGAGUCGAACGCUGAAACCCACAAGCAGCACCUGAAAACCUCUGGAGGCGGUUCUGAGGGUCCGACUGGAGACCAGAGACCUUCCAGGAACCUCAGCCAGAACUUCGAUGAUUCUCUUCUGAAAGGACGGCAGGAAGAGCAGAACCACGAAUUCAGGAUUACCCCGGUCCACUCGGUCCCAGACCUCAGAACCGCGUCCACACAGGGGAGGAGCGAACCCAGAGACAACAGCCGACCCAGAGACCCGCCCAUCGUUCAGUCAGAACCGGCCGGAUGGACCCGGGUCGCCCAGGGUCAGGUACCGCCCAGCUCAGCGCCGCAUCCAUCCGCCCAGUGGAGCCACAGAGACCCGGACAGCGAUCACCCUCUGACCCGGCUGGAGAUCGCCCUGGCCGAGGUCCAGCGCUGCUCCGUUCCCGACGGCCCAGACGGCGGCCAGAGUCCGGCCCGCAGCCUCUCGGUUCUGGAGAAAGUCAGUCACUUUGAGCGGCGGAGAGACGGAGGGAAGCUGCGCAGCUUCAGCACCAACUCCUACUGCAAAUCCUCCCAUCUGGGGAUGAGCGAUAAAGGUGGCAGUUCCCCCUGUGGAGCGGAGGACCUCAGAAACAUGCUGGAAAGAAGCACCAAGGGAACCAAAGCCCACAGGACGAUGAGCUACAGAGGAGGCGGCAAUGAGUACAUGAAACACAGGCUUCCAGCCGAUCCCGUCUCAGCGCUCCAGAGAAGCCGCAGCAGCUUCCAGCUGGACGGAUCAAAGGACGGAGACGUCAACAGGAACUGUCCUUAUCGACCCGAACCCCAGGAGACGGUCGACCCCCUGCUGGACAGAUCUUACAGGGAGUCAGUGAAAGACGUCCAGCCCACCGUCCUUCGCUCCACUUCCUUCAGACAGAGAGACCUCAGCUCUCCGCCUCCCGUCGUCUCCGGCCCUCAGCCGUUCCCCAACCCUGCUAAGUACAACUCACUGGAGAAAAGAGGCCCAAAGACGAAGCCCAAACCUCAGGGCAUCGUCAUGCCACCAGUCACUUCCCCUCACACCCCGAAGGAGAGGCAUGCGGUCAGCCCCGAUGACGGAGGCCGGAGCCCGCCGCCGCUGCCCAGCGUGCCUCCGGUCGGGCCGCCGGCUCUGACCAGGAUCUGCGGCCGCAAGCGUCUGACGGCCGACCAGAAGAAACGUUCGUACUCCGAACCAGAGAACAUGAACGAAGUGGGAGUUUCUGAUCCAGAAACAGCUUCCCUCUUCCGACGAGGAGGAGAAACUAGCGUAGCAGACCGUCGGAAGAUGUUUGAGCUUGCAGCGAGCCACGUUGGCGCCGGACUCAGUCAGGCCGCCGUGUCGAGGUCGGACCUGCGGCAGCUCCGCCAAGACGCUCUGGUUGAGUACGUGGAGAGGAAGCGAGGGAUCAGGAGGGACGAGGCAGGGCUGAGGACUGGAUCCAGACCUCGCAGCGCUUACUUCCACCCUGAACAGGGCUACCACACAGACACCUACAGCCUCUCGUCCACCUCCAGCAUGCUUUCCCUUCAGGACCCUGGUCCGGAUCAGGGCGUCCCUGCUCUGGGAUCUGACCGUUGGAGCCUCCAGUCCAACCUCUUCUACCCGGGCAGGGUGACCACACCCAGACCUCCAGCUCAGCCGAUCCCUGGUCUUGAUCUCCAAAUCAGUCCAGAUCUGAACCCUGAAGCCCGAAUCAACAGACACAGUCAGUCCGGUACCAGAGACUCGAACAUAAGUGAAGACCGGCAGAUUGCUGAGCCUCAGUACAAACCCGGAUUCUCCACGAAGGUCAACGAGGCGUUGCAGAGGGUCGGCUCGGUCCACCGGACCGGGAGGUCGGCCUCUGCUGAGGAUCUGCUGGAGCGUUUAGAAAGCAAAUACUCACCUCAACACAUUCGCUCUCGCUCGUCCCCGACCGCAGACAAGCUCAACCAGAACUUAAUUUCAGGGGAAAUCAAGAGUUUUGACGUUUCCUUCUCUGAAUCGGGACGAUGUGCUCUGGCUGCAGACCGACCUGCAGACAUUCACAGAUCAACAGAGUUCAGUUCUACUCAGUCAAACCGGUUCAAUGAGAACUCUGACCGACCGACAACGCCUGCACAAGACGUCUCUCAAACCCCCGUCAGUCGUAGAGAGCGCCAGAGGAACGGCGAACGUCUCCGGGCCUACAGCACCUCCACCUUGGCGGCCUCCGUCGGCCUUCCCUCGCCCUUCUCCUCUCCUGGGAACCAGCAGGACGGCGGCGGCGCCGCGGAGUGGACCUCCAGCGAGAGGCUGAGCCGGGCCAACCUGGACGCCAUCACCUUCCCGGGAAUCGCGCAGAGCGGCGACAGACAGACGAGAUGCAGCCUGAGCGACGGAACCGCAGAGGACGGACACCGAGGCAGAACCUUAAGCUUGGAGUUGACUGGAGAGAUUUCUGAAAAUACCAAACCAGUUUCACCAGUCACACCAGCACCGCCACCAUACAGGAAGACCAGUGGGAGCUCCACUUCCUCCCAUCAGUCCGUCCAUCCUCACCUGUCCUCUCUGAGGAUCUCUGAAUCCAGCCUCAGCGGCUCCUUCGAGCAGCAGCCGCUGCAGACGUCGACAGGAAACCUUCAGGAGUUUGACGACGUCUUCCUCACCAGUCCUCCUCCUCUUCCUCCUCCUCCUCCUCCUCCUCCUCUCACUCCACCGAUUAAAGAGACGAACAUCAUGGAGGACGUCCCUCCUCUCCCUCCUCCACCACCUCCAGCUGAGAUGGAAGCAGAUCUUCAGUCGUUACAAAGCUCUAAUCCAGAAACGUUAAAAAACUCGGUUUCCAUCCGGACGCAUUCGGCUCAGUCCGCUCCGCCAUUAAAGCCACAGCCGUCCAACUCCACCGAGGACGUCUUCGUCUUCCAGUACCAGCCGCUUCCCAGGAGGGAGAAGUCACCCGAAGAGCUGAGGGUGGAGGCGCUGAUUCAACAACUGGUGUUGCAGGAUCCCUCUCUGGCGCCCCUGCUGGACACCUGGGGAGGCGAAUGCACUAUGAAGCUGAUGGAGGAAAUCUUUUCUAACGGCAGCCUGACUGGUGGAGCACAGGGCAGUUCACUGCCGGGUCAAAGGAUGCAGGCCGGCGACUGUGGUCAGAGUUCGGACCAAACGAAGGAAACGGACGUUGAUGAAGACGAGAACGACGUCAACACCAGGAAGGGGGAGCUGUGUGAGGCCCUGCGGCGCUGCGUGGCGGCGAUGCAGCGGGAGAAGGCGGCUCUGGCGGAGGAGCAUCGGCGCCACCAGGCUGCGGGCGCCGGCAUGGAGGCGCUGAUCCAGCAGCUGCUGAAAGCCAACGAGAAGGAGAAGUACAGCAUGUUCAUAGGAGACCUGGAGAGGAUCGUCAACCUGCUGCUGUCUCUGUGCAGCCGCCUGUCCAGGGUGGACAAGUCUCUGCUUUCUCUGGACAGAGACGGAGGUUUGACUGAAGACGCUGCUGAGGAGAGGGACUCCCUUCAUCACAAGCGUUCGCUGCUCCUUCGUCAGACUGAAGACGCGCGGGAGCUGAAGGAGAACCUGGACCGGCGGCAGCGCGCGGUCACCGCCAUCCUGACCGGCUACCUCACCGAAGCACAACUCCACGACUACCGCCGCUUCGUCAGCGCCAAACCCUCGCUCCUGAUUCGCCAGCGCCAGCUCGAUGACCUCAUCCGGCAGCGGGAGGAGCAGCUGGCGCGACUCGCCGAGAGCCUGCCGCCAAGCCCCGCCCACUCCGUCAGGUCCACCGCUGUGACAUCACUGUGAUGUAACGAGAUAGAUCCACACUUCGAUAUCUAUUUUUUUAUCCGACUGUCCUUAAACAACUCAAACGGUGCUUUCAGGGACCCGAACAGGUCCGUUUGUUCAGGACCGGACAAAACGAGCAGAACAGAGUCAUCUGCAAAGAAUCGAACUUUCAGCCACGUCUGAAAGUUCGUGGCUCGUGACGCCGUCCAUGAAACGGCGUCCAUGAAACGGCGUCCAUGAAACGGCGUCCAUGAAACGGCGCUCUGCCCCCGCACAUGUACAGCCAGCCUGCAGGGAAACGGAUCGCUCCCAAACCCAAAGGACUGAGAUGUUUCCCACAAACCUUCCAGCACAUUCUCCCCAGGAGGAGCGUCUAACGCCAGCACCGUAACGCCGCCACCGCUCUCUUGAACGCAGCUCGUCGCACUUUGUAGCAGUCUGACCACUGUUUCCACCCGACCACUUCAUGGCUGAACGCUCGCAAACCGGCAGGAAAACCGGGAAGAAACGAAACCUGCCAGCUUUUUAACAUUCACCGUCACACACUGGCAUGUUUUAGAUGUUUUAUAGCCGUUAUCAUCACCUCUAGCAGCAAAUUCUGGUCCCUUCUGAAGAGGAAUUAUAAAACGGUUCCCAAAGAUAUUUAAUUUUGUACAACGGGAAACCCUGAGCACAGAAGGAUCUUCACCUCCAAGAGGGAUUUUCCCACAAUCUGGAAAAUCUCAGAGAAAACCAGCAGAGCAGCGACUGACUUGUUGAAACUCCUCCGUUUUCAUCCGGCUGUGAAACGACUUUCAGAAACACGACUCCGUAUUUAAUCUCCGCCUGAAGUUUUUGUUCAAUAAAAGCACUUUUUCAGCUCA